ACUUGAUUGGGUCAAUGCGCCUGUUGGAACGCAUGACGUAGUGAUGGGCGUGUUCCAAGCUGUAACCCCUUCUUGGCCGAGACUCGGCAGCAGCAUGGCCGAACUCCGGAUAAACCGCAAGUUCGCAGAGCGCUAUGACCGGUACCGGGAGAAGGAGGAGCUGCAGCGGCUGAAGGAUCGGUAUGGGGAUAAAGAAGAGGGCGGCAGCGGCUCUUCCAGCUCUGAUUCAGACAGCGAAGAUGAAUUGGUGAUCGAUCCACAGUUGGACAAGGACUUUUAUCGGACCCUCUCUCUGCUCAAAAAGAGGGAUCCUCGGAUAUACCAAGAGGAUGCUACGUUUUAUAAGGAGACAGAUCUGCCAGCUGCCAGUCAGAGUAAAUCUGCCAAGGAGAAGCCCAUGUAUCUGAAGGACUAUGAACGGAAAGUGAUGCUGGAAAAGGAAGGAAAAUACGAAGAUGAAGACAGCUCGGAGGGGGAAGGCGGCCUCAUGCAGGACCAGAGAGCGCGAUCUCCCACCUAUCUGGAGGAGCAGAGACAAAUUAAAGAAAGCCUCUCCAAGUUUGUAGAGGACAGUGACGAUGAUGGAGACGAUAGAACCACAUCCAGUCUGUUGACAAAGCGCUUGAAAACCAAGAAAGAGCAAGAUAAGGAGGAUGAAGACUACAUUGCGUGGCUUAAAGGGCAGAAAGAUGUGGAAGAGAGAGACGACGUGAAGGAAAUGAGUUACCUGAAAGAAUACUGGACUGACCCGGCUCUGGAUGACGGCGAGAAGUUCCUGAGGAAUUAUAUCCUAAACAAAGAGUACGUGGAAGAGGAGUCUGAUGACGAGGAGGAAUGCCCCCCGGCCUUGGAGGAGGCCCCGCAGGUAUCUGACUCAGAGGAUGAGGGGGAGAUCUUCUUGAAGAAACAGGAAGAUUUUGAGCGAAAAUACAAUUUUCGAUUUGAGGAACCAGAUUCUACGUUGAUUAAGACCUUUCCCAGAGCCAUCGCUCACUCUGUGAGAAGGAAGGAUGAUCGGAGGAAGAGGAAGCGCGAUGAGAUAAAGGAGAGGAAAGCUAAGGAGAAGGAGAAAAAGCAGGAGGAGCUAAAGCAGCUGAAGAACCUGAAGCGGCGUGAGCUGCAGGAAAAGCUGCAGAAGCUGCAAAAGCUGACUGGGGAGGAGCGCCUAGACGUGACCGAGGAGGACUUGAUGGAAGACUUUGACCCGGUGAAACAUGACCAAAUUAUGCAGAAAUGCUUCGGUGAUGAUUAUUAUGGGGUAGAAGAGGACCAGAAGCCUCAGUUUGAGGAUGAAGAUGAGCUGGAGGAGGAAUGGAACUGGGACACUUGGACUGGAGCGGAAGAGACAGAGGAGCCUGACGAGCAGGAAGGUGGAGAGGAAGAGGAUCACCAGCCCCACUGUGACGACCCAAACUUUGUGAUGGACGUAGAAUAUGACCCCCAGGCCCCUCCUGCGCCAACGCGUAAAGAAAGGAAGAGGCUGCGAUUAGAGCAAGAGAAGGCCGCCAAGAAGAGAAAGAAAUCUAAAUUCGCAGAGGCUGUCAGCAGGAAGAAGCCCGUUUUUAACCCAGAUGAUAAAACGUUCCAAGAAUAUGUGGAGGAGUAUUACAAGCUAGACUGCGAGGAUAUAGUGGAUGAUCUUCCAUGUCGAUUCAAGUACCGUCAGGUGGUUCCCUGUGACUUUGGACUGGCCACAGAAGAGAUUUUGAAGGCUGAUGACAAGGAUCUGAAUCGAUGGUGCUCCCUAAGGAAAACGUGUAUGUACAGAACCGAGAAAGAGGAGCUGUUCGAUAAAAAUAUCUACACCCAGAAAGGACAAAAUUCAUGGAAGAAACAGCAAAUCUUAAAGUCUCUGUCCCAGAGUGAUGACAAUCCAGGGUCUACAGCCUCCUCCAAGUUUAAGGUAGGCAAGAAACGACGGGACAGAUUAAAGCACCAAGAGGAGGAGAGGAACUUGGCUCUGAAAUCGGUGGUAGAAACAACACCACCAAUGGACCUGGGUCAGAAACAGGCUCCAGCUGCUGAUGUUCCAGUCCAAGCGGAGGCAGUCAUUGUGAAUCAACAGGCGGCACUCACUAAAGUUGACAAUGAGGAGUACAAGCCGAAAGACACGCCAACCACCCAUAAAGUACCAAAGGAGGAAAAAGACUCUGCAGUGGUCCCAGCUACAAAGACGGAGGUGGUGGUUAAAGACUUGUACUUGAAAGACAAGCGGAAGAAAUUAAAACGAAACGGUGGUCCUCGUCUGCUGGGCACCAAAGUGCGACUAGGAGGGCAAGAGUUUAGCGGGCACAGGUUGUGGGCCUAUGGCUUGAACCCCAAGAGGCUGCGGUAUAGGCAGCUUGGGCGGGAGAGACGGAAAAAAGAGGAACAGGCCAAGAAGAAAAGUAGGAAGGAGAACUAGCAUGGGUUAAUGAGACAUUCACAACGUCACAUGAUGAUGAGGAGCCCAAUCCAAUAGAAGGGACUUUCACACUAAGUAAGCCCAAUAUAAAAGCUUUAUUUCCCUAGAUAAAUAAAUCAUUUGUUUCCCACAACA